AGUGUGUUUGGUAGCCUUGUCUGCUCCCUCAGUUUCAAGUUUCAACUCCUUCUCCCUCUCUCUUCUCUCCAAUUAUUUAUUUUCCUUCUCAAAGCUCAAUCCUUUAUUUUGUUUUCUUUUUUUUAAAAAAAAUCUAAAGUCUUUCUCUAGACUGUGCAAAACCCACCCUUAAGAUGCGCCACUCUUUUUCUUUCCCUUUGUUUCAAGACAUGAAAGUUUAUUCUUCUUUUACUCUCACUUUCUUGCCAUGAACUCCUGCUUUAAUUUUACAGUUUUUGUAGCUUAUUGCCAUGGACUUUGGGGUUCUUGGUUUGGAGGGUCUUGUGGGUCCUGAAAGUAGUAGUCAUGCUCCUUCUCAUGUCUCACUUCCUGAGACCAAACCAAGGAUUCUUGGAUCUGUGUUAACUAAGCAAGAAAGAUCGUCUUCAUCUGCAUCUGCUCAGGAUGAUUACUGGAGGGCUUCAAAGAUGCCAAAACUUGAUGAUUUCUCUUCCACCAAAACAAUGCCACUGCACCAACCCGCUCCUUUGCUGAGACCUAAUUCUAUGUUUUCGAAUGAUUCUCGCCAACAAGAGCACAUGCUAAGCUUCUCUUCUCCAAAACCAGAAGCUACUCCAUUUCUCCUUAAAGAUGCUGGGUUGGUUGAGAGAAACACACAAAACCACACUGCCUUGAGUUUUCCUUACUACCAGCACGCACCUCUUUCCGCUAGCAGAAGUGCAGGUUAUGGCACUGGAAACUUGAAUGCAAGCAUGCAUGGGCCUUUUACUGGGGUUAGAGGACCAUUCACUCCAUCUCAGUGGAUGGAGCUUGAACACCAGGCCUUGAUCUACAAAUACAUCACUGCACGUGUGCCUGUGCCUUCCAAUUUAAUCAUUCCUCUCAAGAAAUCUCUCAACCCUUAUGGCUUACCUUUUUCCUCUGCUGGAUCAUUCCCUCCCAGUUCAUUGGGAUGGGGCACUUUCCACCUAAGUUACCCUGGCAACAACACUGAUCAGGAGCCUGGAAGGUGUCGUCGGACUGAUGGCAAGAAAUGGCGGUGCUCAAGGGAUGCUGUAGCUGACCAAAAAUAUUGUGAAAGGCACAUAAACAGAGGCCGCCAUCGUUCAAGAAAGCCUGUGGAAGGCCAGACUGGCCAUGCUGCUACUGGGACUGCCAGUUCAAAGGUGGUGCCAAUGUCUAACUCCAUGUCAACCUCGAUUACAACCAGUGGCGCUACCUCGAACAGCAUUGUGAUCACACAGCAACAGUUAAAAAAUUUGCAGCCGGCUGCUGCUUCCAACUCUUCUGCAGAUGCUCGUGUCAACGGAGCACAAGAUGCACGGAGGGUUUCUAUGAUGUCUUCCACUAUCAACCGGAAAUCUGACGAGUCUACUCUCUGUAUUCCUAGACAAGAUAUCCUAAUUGAACAGUGCUCUCAAACAGAGUUUGGACUUGUCUCCUAUGAUUCCCUCCUCAACCCAUCGCAGAAGAGCUCUUACUUUAACUCUAAACCCUACGAGUCUUUUCUAAACUUUAGUGCUGAAGAAAGCCAUGAUCAGCAUCCCCUUCGUCAAUUCAUUGAUGACUGGCCGAAGGACCAAUCUAAUCGUUCUGUCAUUAGCUGGCCAGAAGAGUUGAAAUCUGACUGUACCCAGCUCUCAAUGUCAAUCUCAAUGGUCUCGUCAGACUUCUCGUCGUCAUCAUCCUCACUUCUGCGAGAGAAACUUGCCUUCUCACCAUUGAGGUUAUCUAGCGAGUUUGACCCUAUACAAAUGGGUUUAAGGGUGAGCGGUGACCAUAAUGAAUCAAGCCAGAAGCGAGCCAACUGGAUACCUAUCUCAUGGGGAACUUCAAUUGGCGGCCCUUUAGGAGAGGUCUUGACCACCAGCGCCAGCCAUGCGGAUUCCUGCAAAAGCUCAUCAGCUCUUAACCUUUUAAGAGAGGGUUGGGAUGGCAGCCCGCAGCUGGGAUCUUCUCCAACAGGAGUCUUGCAGAAAUCGACUUUUGGUUCACUUUCAAAUAGCAGUUCAGGUAGCAGCCCAAGAGCAGAGAGCAAGAAAAACAAUGAAAGUGCUAGUCUGUAUGAGGAUGCGGUUGGUUCGAUAAUUGCAAGUGAUCCCCUAUUCCAUCCCUGUAAUCAAGAAAAUGGUUAGGAUGAAACUUGUGAAGAAGAAGCUUGGAGUUAUCUAUCUUAUUAAUUUCUGCAGACUGUUUCUCCUUGUUGCUUGUUUUUUCCCCUCAAAUCUAGAAUGUAAAGGCUUGGCUGAUUCCCAAUUGAAUAGGUAUCGGCCAUUCUUGCACGUAUGGAUCUGUAGGGAUCUUUAAUGUGUGAAUUAAAGUAAUUUUUCUCCUGCUUUGUUUGA